AUGGAUGACCUGCUAGUGAUAGGAGAAAACAAGGCUAUAUUGACUAACUUCAAAGGCAAGAUGGAAAGUGUGCUUGAAAUGUCAGAAUUGUGUGAAAUGUCCUACUUCCUUGGCAUGGAAGUGUCCCAGACUCAGCAAGAGAUUUUCUUGAGUCAAAAGGCAUUUGUCUUGAAGAUUCUGAACAAGUUCUCUAUGCAAAAUUGCAAAGCAACUAGCACUUCAAUUGCUAUUGGAGAAAAAUUGUCAAGCCAAUGUGACUUUGAGAAAGUAUGUGAGACAUCCUAUAGAAGCUUGGUGAGAUGUUUACUCUACUUAACAGCUGCAAGACCAGAUAUAAUGUAUGUUGUUAGUCUCUUAUCCAGGUUCAUGCAUUCCUGCAAAGUGAACCAUUUUCAAGCUGCAAAGAGAGUUCUCAGAUACAUCAAUGGCACUCAAAGCUUUGGAAUAAUGUUUACCAAGCCAUUUUUUUGUUGGAUCUCAAAGAAGCAAACUGUUGUUGCUCAAUCAAUAGCUGAGGCAGAGUAUGUAGCAGCUAUAGGAGCUGUAACACCCCCAACCCGUAUCCCUCGCAGGAACCGAGUUUCAGAGUAUUACCGGAGUUUACAGGUUAAAUAG